AUCCACAUAAAGAAAAAUAUUUCUCCAGAAGAAGAGCCAAAACCCUAAUGACACGUUUCAUGUCUGUCUCUCUCUGAGUCAGACAUUAGUUUUGCAAUAAUGCAAAUUUAGCCAGUGUUUUGUUUUCCAUAAUGCAAUCUGUUGCAGUGGAAACUGCCAGUCUUGCUCACAAGUCUUUGCUUUUGCUUCUACUUGUUAUGGGAUCUCAGCCAAAUGAAAUGCAUAUGGUACCACAAUUUUCAGCUACUGAUACUAGAUUUCCUUUGGCUGAACUAAAAAGAAUGGAAAAACCUGCAAUGGAAAAACCGAAAUUCUCUCAAAUUUCAAGUCCAUUUCCCUACUAAAAUCAUCAAUCCAAAUAAUAGAUGCUUGUAUGAUAUUUUUGAGUUCCAAGUAAGUUUCAUAGUUGACUUUGUCCUACACAUCCAGUCAUCUAGAAGUUCAAAUUCACCUUAAAGAUUCCGAUCAGUACUUUAAAAUGUCCGGUUUAGAGGCGGCAGCAGCAAUUUCCCCAUUCUGGGAAGCCAUCAAAAGCGGCAUAUGUUUUUGCUGCGCCCGGGCAGAAUACUUUGAUGAUCUCGAAUCCAGUCUCGAGUCCUUAAAAAGAGAAAUUAUCAGAUUGAAGGAAAUGAAAGAGCACGUAGAGGGUAGAGUUAGGCAGGAAAAGAAACCGCAGAUGCAGCAACUGUACAAUGUAACAGAUUGGCUUCGAAGAGUCGACGCGUCGUUAGAAAAUGCGGAUGACAUUUUCAGCCAUGGUGAAGAAGAAAUUGGCAGGAAAGCCAUCAGAUUCUUCUUUCCCAAGCACUGCUGCUCCUAUAAUAGAGCUGGCAAGAAAGUCAACGGAAAGCUCAAAGAAGUCACUGAUCUCAUAAGAGACGGUGGUUUUGGCGCGGUUGUAGAGAAAAGAGGCGUUGAUUUAGUUAACGAGAUGCCUGUGCCGGAAACUGUGGGUCUGGAGUUGAAGGUUGAAGAGAUAUGGAGACUGGUUGAAGAUCGCAGUGUGGGAAUUAUAGGGCUGUAUGGCAUGGGCGGUGUGGGGAAAACCACAUUGCUAAAGAAGAUGUACAAUAAGAUUUGGAGAACCAGUGAGUAUGUUUUGAUUUGGGUUGAUAGAUCAGACGAAGAUCCUGUCAAAGCAGUUCAUGAAGCCAUCAGGAAGAAAUUUGAAAUCUCUGAAGAGUUGUGGAGAAACAAGAAUGAAUCAGACUCUGUCGCGAUAUGGAAAAACUUGAGAUCGGAGAAAUUCGUGCUGUUGCUAGAUGAUGUUGGCCAUCGAUGGCAUUACCACCGAUUGGAAGAAGCUGGAAUUCCUCUGAAUGGUAAUGAUAAUGGGUCCAAAGUCAUCUUCACCACUCGAUCAAAGGAGGUGUGCGACAGGAUGAGGGCAAAAAGUGUCGAAGUGAAGUGUUUGCCCCUAGAAACUGCGCAAGAAUUGUUUCAAUUGUGCGUGGGACGACCAAUUCUGGAUUCUCACUCGGAAAUCCCAAAGCUUGCGUUGGAUGCUGCUAUAGCCUGUAACGGCUUGCCGCUUCUGCUUGUCACUAUUGGACGAGCCAUGGCGAGUAAGACAAGAUUUCGAGACUGGAAGAUGCAAGUCGAGAAGUUGAAGGAACAACUGACAAAAGUUGCUGAUGUAGAAGCUCAAGUGUUUUCUGUUCUCAAGGUAAGCUAUGAUACAUUGAGCUCAGAUACUCAUAAGAAAUGCUUUCUGUAUUUUUGUUUGUUUCCAGAAGGCCGGAAUGUUAAGAAACAGGAAAUAAUUGAACUCUGGAUUGCGGAAGGGAUUUUAGACUACGUUAUUGAUCCUUGGGAAGAAGGGGAAGAAAUAAUCUCAAGCUUAAAACUCGCAAGUUUGCUUGAAAAUGGCAAGUCAGAAGAAUUUGUUAAGAUGCACGCUGUGAUUCACGCAAUGGCGUUAUGGCUAGCUUGUGAAGAGGGGAAGGCAGAGGACAAAGUAUUGACACAGGAGAAGGCAUUGGAGUCAUCAUCAAAAUGGGUAAACGCAGAGAGGAUAUCGUUGUGGGAUUCCACCAUCAAAUCUCUCCCUCAUAUACCUUGUUGCACUCAUCUUACAACAUUGCUUCUCAGAGCCACAAGCCUGACGGAUUUACCAAGCGGAUUCUUUCAAUCUAUGCCAGCUUUAACUGUGUUGGACCUGUCGAAUAAUAAUGGCUUAACUGAUCUACCUGCGGGCAUUGCAGGUCUUGGCAGCUUGCUUUAUCUCAAUUUGUCCGGAACAGGUAUUAAAAAUCUUCCUUCUGAACUUCAGGACCUGAAAAACUUGAGGACUUUGAUUACAGGCUACCUUGUGAAGAUUGAACGCGGAUUCAUAUCUAGUUUGUGUGGAUUAAUUGUGUUUAGAAUGUUAGCUGAGGCAAGUAUUUAUUCUCCACAAUAUGAUGAAGAAAGAUUUCUUGAGGAAUUGGAAUGCUCGGAACACAUAAAAGAGCUAGGUAUCAUCUUGUCUUCGACCAACGCUGUCCUGAAACUGCUGAACAGCAACAAACUGCGAAGAUGCAUCAGACAACUGAAGUUUGUGAAGCUCACAGAUCAGGUCUCAGUACCCUUGCCUAAAUUAUGUCUAAAAAGCAUGGAGCAUCUAGAAAGACUUGAGUUAUGGAACUCUCCAUCGCUGAUGGAGGUUGAAGUUAACAAUGAAAGCCACCAAGAGCCACAGGUGUUUCCUGGUUACCGCAAAUCGUUAGUACAGGAAUGCUUUCAAAAUCUUAGUUUUAUAAGCAUUUACAACUGUCAGAUUACGAAUGUUGCGUGGCUCAUCCACGCUCCAAAUGUUCGAACUUUGACAUUAUGCGAAUGUUACGAAAUGGUUGAAUUAGUGGAUGAAAAUUGGGGAAAGUCUAUAUUCGACAAUCUCACAGAUUUAUCCUUGACAAACCUGCCAAAGCUGGAAUACAUCUGCCGACAGACUCUGCAAUUUCCUUGUCUUAUAAGCUUAUCUGUAUACACCUGCCCAAAACUAAAGAAUCUACCUUUCAAUUCCCGUAGUGCAAAGAAUUUAAAAGAAAUAAGGGGACGGAGAGACUGGUGGGAUGGCUUGCAAUGGACGAGUGAUACUGUUAAGGACAUUUUCUUUCUGAAAUUGCAGCAAUCAAAACAAAAAGUUGUGAUAAAGGUGCAAAUGACUUGCGAGAAGUGCCGUUCCAAAGCAUUGAAGGUUGCAGCUGCUUGCUCAGGAGUGGAGUAUGUGGCAAUAAGAGGACCAGAAAAAAAUCAGAUCGAGGUGAUAGGAAAAGAGUUAGAUGCGGUGAAACUUGCAGUUUCACUAAGAAAGAAAUUGGGGCAUGCGGAGUUAAUCAGCAUUGGACCCACCAAUUAAGAAAAAUGAAGCUGAAGAGGGUAAUUUUCACCUACAGUCCCUGAGUUUUCUUCUCUCUUUCACCAAAGUCCUUAGACUUCAAUUUGUAAUAAGAAAAUCCCCGACGAAGCUUUUGUAUGUUCGUGUGGAGGUCAAGUUUGUCGUGGCAGCUACUUAAUCAGUUCUUUUAGGUUGGAACCAAAACGUUGCUGCUUCAUUAAUUGAUAUCAAUUGUUUAUGUAAUCAUUUGAUUCAUUUUAAUACACAAGUGUUUCUAGCUAA